AUGGUAUGGCUGAAACGAAAAGUUUCGGAUGUUCGUAAAAGCGCCAACGGCAUAUUUUUCUUCUUUUUCUUGGAAUUAGGAAUAGAGAGCCUUCAACUUGAAGGUAUCGAAACUCAACCUAUUUCAAAUGAACAGCAACAAUCACUGCUACAACAGCAACACAUCGGAUUUCCGUCUCCGGCUUACGCAUUCGCUUAUAAUCCAGGCCCUUAUCCGCAUGCCGAACAACUGCAACAAUAUAGUAUUACCAGCGCUACAUCAGAACAGUUCCGUGAACAAGCGAAUGAACUUACGCGUGUUACGUGUUAUCAACAACAAGCUAAUGUUCACGUACCAAAUGGACGGGAAUACCUGAUGGUUACCGGUCGACCGCAACCGGUUUUCAUGCAACAGUUAUCUCAACAACAUAUUCCCUCGACUACUUCCUUACAACACCACCACCAUCAACAACAACAACAACAACAACAACAACAACAACAACAACAACAACAACAACAACAACAGGAGCAACAACAACAAUCACAUCAUAGCAUGGUUGCAGAUACUAGAAGUGUUGAUACUGAAAUGAGCAGUACCUCGUCUUCAGCACAAGCAAAUAUAGCUGGACAACGUGGAGUUAUUCGUAAAGCGGCAUGUUCAAGACCUAAGCCGAUGAUAACGACAUGUUCAAUGAAUGGACAAAUGAUGCAUAGCAACAAUCAAACAUCUCAUACUGUUAAUUAUCUCGACGUCUUUUGUUCAGUACCAGGUCGGCUAAGUUUGCUGAGCAGUGCGGCGAAGUACAAAGUGACGGUGGGUGAAAUUCAUCGACGACUUUCACCACCGGAAUGCCUCAAUGCAUCCGUUCUGGGUGGAAUUCUUCGCAGAGCGAAAUCCAAAGAUGGCGGUAAAUCAUUGCGUGAUCAGUUGAAACGAGCCGGUUUGCAGUUACCAGCCGGAAGACGAAAAGCUACGAAUGUCAAUUCGCUUACAGCACUUGUUGAGU